GUCCUCGGCCUCAGUGGCGGGGGGCGGGCAAGAUGGCGGCGGCGGCUCAGGCGCUGAGCUGCGCGGGUCUGCUGCUGGCCGCCGCCGCCCUGGCCCUCCUGGCCGUGGCCAUCGGCACCGACUCCUGGUACGAGACGGACGCGCGGACGCACCGCGAUCGCUGCCGGGGCUACGGCCACAAGCGCCACCCCAUCAGCGACCCGCCGGGCUCCAUGUCGGCGCCCAUCCCGCAGCUGCCCCUCCGCGCACGCCCGCCCAGGGCCCUCCUCGCCGCGGGGAAGGAGGAGCAGGCCCAGGCCCAGGCCCAGGCCCAGGCCCCGGCGGGGAAGAAGGCGGCGGGCUCUCCCCCGGCCCCUCCCGCGCCCCCCGCCGCCCUCGUCCUGGAAUCGCACUGCGGCCGGCGCUUCAACUCCACCGUCUCGGGCCUCUGGCGGCGCUGCCACCGCGAGGGCUUCGAGCCCGACAGCGAGGAGCUCAUCCAGAAAGGAAUCAUCCAGCGCUGCUCAGCUGUGAAGUAUCACUACACCUCAUCUUCCCUGCCACGUAAUUUGCCGGUCAAUAUUACCAAUACAAUUCGCCAAGAUGAAUGGCAUGCCCUCCAUCUGCGGAGAAUGACAGCUGGCUUCAUUGGUAUGGCAGUUUCCAUCAUCCUGUUUGGAUGGAUUAUUGGCAUGCUGGGCUGUUGUAAACAGCAUGAGCUCAUGCAAUAUGUAGCAGGGCUGCUCUUCCUUAUGGGAGGUACCUGCUGCAUCAUUUCUCUUUGCACCUGUGUGGCUGGGAUCAACUUUGAGCUAUCCCGUUAUCCUCGCUACGUCUACGGCUUGCCAGAAGACAUCAGUCAUGGCUAUGGCUGGUCCAUGUUCUGUGCCUGGGGAGGCCUGGGGCUGACCCUCCUGGCAGGAUUCUUAUGCACACUGGCUCCCUCGCUGAAUAGCCCUCGGACUGUGGUACAGAAACCUAGACAGGAAAACGGUGCCGUGUGAUGCGAAGGCCGCAAAGGACUCUCUAGCAAGCACAGUCCAGCAGUAGGUUCCCACUGAUGCAACGUGGGCACCUGAGAUUCAUGAAGCAAGGGUGGCCCUUCUCGUGGAACAAAUUAAGGGGUGCAAUUGCUUUUUCAAUGUCUUGGGGGAACACCACUCGUUGAUUCUUCAGCCUGCCUGUCUCUGAUACAAACGAACUGAUCAGGUUCAUUUUUAUUCCUGGUUUGCCUAAAGGAAAGUUUUCUGUUAUAUAGGAUGUGUUGCUGUAGGAUCUGUGUACCAUUUAAGCUGAACCAGAUUUCUGCUAGUGGAAGCCACUGUGAAUUCUGUUUGGUGUCCAGUGACUCAAAGGAACUCCAUUUCAAGGAACUCUUAAGGACAAGCCAGAGUCAGAGGCCAAAGGGAAAUUCAUCUAGUCUCAGUAUUGAUUCUCCUUUGCAACAGAGACCUAGACCUCUAUUUGCAUUGAAAUAGCACUUGAAGUCAGCUUGUUCUGAGGGGGCUUUAAUUAUUCAGACGGGGAGGUUAGAAAGUACUUUCUCUGGACCACUCAGUAUCUGAGCCUUGUCAGUUCUGGAAGCCAAAUAUGCAUAGCAGCUCAUGAAGCCAUUUGCAAGGUUGAUGCAUAGGAUACAAGGGGAAAAUGGAAUUUAACUAGGUUUCAGAUGCUUGCCAGAUUCUUCCACAAGGGGGCACACCUGAGUUAGUGAUAAUAACUCCACCCAAAAGUAUGCAAGUAGUCCAAACUUACAGACAGGAAUAAUAGUCUGAAUUUCACUGGGUUACUGACUCCAUCGUGACAUUCCUGUGUGUUAGGUUAAAGCCACAUGUUGAUUUAAAAGCAAGGCUGCUCUUCUGCAGUCCUGUCUUUCCAACUUCUGUAAAAAGAGCCAAAUUCAGAUUUACAAUUCCACUUCAAAGUUCACAAAUGAGCACAGAAACAAACUCGCCCCCUUGAUGGCAACUUUUUUGACAGAAAAGGGAGCAUUCUUGAUUUAAAGGGGCUUGCUGUAUGCACGUGAAUGAGAGCUGAACCUAAACUCAGGAACAUCAACAAUGGUGCUGAGGGGAAGCGCUGGUCUUUCCUCAUUGUACUCCUUUUCUGUCUCCCUAAAAGACUGCACAAGAAGCCUUGGUUAGAGGGGCUGUUUACAUUGUAUUUUUAAGUGGCAUGUAAUUAAUUACUCAGUGCUAAAGUCAAUGUAUUCAUGGAAAGUGUGAUUUUUAAAUGGAAGUUGUAUGUUUCAAGAGAUAUUAAAUUAAAAGGCCUGGUUACAGUGAA